AUGGCGCAACCUAUGGAAAUAGAGAAAGAUGGUUAUAUUAAAGCUAAUGAAGUUGGAACUGCAAGUAAUGGUAAUAAUGACUUGAGUAGUAAUACAAAAAAUGGUUCUAGCCCAACAAGCGAGAAUAACUUGGGAAAUAAUGCAAACGAAGCGAAAAAUGGUUCUAGCUUGACGAAUGAUCCAAACAAUAGUUCUAACUUAUCGGAUGAACCGAAUGAUGGCUCUAUCUUAGCAAAUGAUAAUGUAUCGGGUGCUCAAAAUUAUAAUGGUUUUAGCUUAGCAAGUGGUAAUGCAAGUGAAGUUGCUGAGACACCUCAUGAUACUAUAGAAUCUCAAAUGAAUAUCGACAAUGAAGAUGAAAUGAAAAAUGAGCAAAGUCCUAAAGACGAAGAGGGCACUACAAAUCAACAAGAUUUAAAGACGUCGGAAUCAGAACAUCAAAAUGAUAAUAAUAAUUCUGAAACACAAAAAACUAAUCAAAUCUCCGAACAGGUUGACGACAUUGUUUUAUUAAAGGGAAGAAUUAAGGAAGAUGAAGUUGAACUUGCUGAAGCUUACAAAAAGAUGAGUGAAAUUGAUAAAGAGCUUGAUGAUGUAAAAAAGAAAAAUAAAGAGAUUGAAAGUGAAAAUCACAAACUUCAUCAAGAUAAUUAUAACAAAGAAAUUGCGCUAGCAAAUCUUUCAAAUGAACGUAAUAAUUUAAUCAGCCGUUAUAAUUCAUUAGUUAGAUCAUUUGAGGAACUUACAAAAAAGAACGAAGAAUUAAAAGUUGAAGCUGCUCAUUAUCAGUCAAAAUUGGGUGAUGCAAAAAAUUUCAAGUUAGGUGAUGACGAUCCUAAUAAUAGCACUGCGCUUACACGAGAUAUCGAACAUUUACAAGAUAAUAUUAAUUCGUAUGCAAGGGUCAAAAAAGGUGUGACUCUUAAAUUGGAAGCUGCGAAGGAUGCUUUACAACAAUAUGGCUGUUCACUAGAAAAUGUUGCAAAUGAAGAUUCAGAAGAAAAAAUACUUAUUAAAUGGCUUCUUCAAAGAAUUUUGAUCCAAAAUGUCACGGAUAUGAUGGGAAGAUAUUUAAAAAGCAAUAACUCCCAACUCGGUCCGGAAGGAAAUCGCGAAUUAGAGUUGAUCCAUACAACUAGUAAAAUGACAGAUCUAUUAGGCGAAUUUAAUAAACAUCGUGAUGGUGUUGACGAAGUAACUCAGGUUGCACCGAUAAAACUACGUCAACAGAUCUACGCAGUUCUAGGUGAUCGUGGUUUUGCUGAUAUUAAAGGCGAGCAAAAAGAACAUCCAUUCAUCACUCAUGUUUCGAAACACAUUGAUCUUCUUAUGUCCAGAGAAAUUGUAAAAAUUUUCUUUUUCCGAUUAAGAGUGCAAGAACCAGAGGCAACAUUCAGAUGGUUUAAAAGAGGUGAUAAAGUAGAUCCUAUUCAAAUGGUUGGUCCGUGGGACGAAAACAUAGAUCAAUGGUUUGUCGAUAUUUGUUAUUUUCCUUUGAUUGGUAUAGAUUUAGAUAAUGAAAACAAUCGUAAGAUACUUUUCCAGGCAAGAGUAGCAGUGUAUAAAGAAAAAAAAGUCGGUUUUUUAAAUAAGUUGUUUAACAAAUCAUCUACCGAAGAUAAACGUCAGCAAUCUCGUUCACAAGUCAGACAAAGCAGCACUACUAGUCAAUCUAGUCAACCUAGUCAACCAUCUUCCAGACAAAAUAGCCUUAAUAAAAAUGCUGAUCCUAAUCUUCAAGGUGACCCAAGAAACAACCCUAUGACACCACUGACUUCAAAGAGUCAACAUCCUCAAAAUCAAAACGCGUCUGAUAAUAAUCGAACUGCAAAAUAG